AGAGAUCCCAAAUGCACCACGCACUGGCAACUGAACGAGACCCUGUUAGAUGACCCGAGAGUAAUGGACGACCUGCGACAGACAAUAGGCAACUUCACAGACAAUGACACAGGAGAGGUAUCCCACCAAUGGGUCUGGGAAGCGCACAAGGGAACCGCGAGGGGCACCCUAAUUAAAUGGGGAUCUAGACUUAAGAAAGAACGCACACAACACAUUAAUUCCCUUACUACGGAAAUACACCUCGCAGAAGCCCUGCAUAAACAAGACCCUACUGCCGAGAAUUUCCAGAAACUCACGGCCCUCCGAAUAGAAAUGCGAUCACUAUUAGCCCUUAAAGCACACAGAUCGGUCCAACUGACCAGGGGCUCCUUUUAUACCCAGGGUAAUAAAAGCGGGAAACUAUUGGCCCGAGCUCUAAAAGCUAAGCAUCAGAGGUCCUUUAUCGACAAAAUAACUGACAAAACAGUAAUGCCAUACCACAGACGACAUAGCUACAGCAUUUAGUACCUUCUAUGAAGACCUUUACAAUUUAGACACACCAAGUCAACAACCUAACAACCUGAGAGAAUAUAUCACCUCAAACCUUUCACACACUAUUCCCGACGACACAGCACUCACACUUGAUGAGCCAUUCUCUCCAGCAGAACUAUCACUAGCCAUUAAGACUCUACCAAAAG